GUCUGGCCUAUCAACAAGAGUCGUCUAAAGACUCGAAUUCUUCGAGAAGUAUUGUUGAAGUUGGAGGUGAAACUAAAUAUUGUGGACGUCAAUGAACCGAUUAUCAAGAAAUUUCUUUGGAAGCGUUUCGGCAAGAUUGUGAAAGAUAAAAGAUGCAAUUUCAAACAGGAUCAUGAUGAGUAUGCUAAUGAAGAAGAAGCAAGGAGACACAAGCCACCUAAUUUAGAGCAAGAGACAUGGAAUAACUUGUGUGAAUAUUGGGCAAACCCAAAAGUUAAGGCACUUUGUGUGAAGAAUAAGAACAAUCGAGCUAAAGUGAAG